AUGGCCCGUACCAAGCAGACAGCCCGUAAAUCUACUGGAGGCAAAGCCCCACGUAAGCAGCUGGCCACCAAAGCUGCCCGCAAGAGCGCCCCUUCUACUGGUGGGGUCAAGAAGCCUCAUCGCUACAGGUGAUGCAGAGUGAGAGAGGCUGAAAGGUCUUACCAAAACUGCCCUCUGUCCCUGAACCACACUACUGGCCCUUAUUAUGACUCCAUCACCACCUGAUGCAAGAUAGAAGGAUUUAGGCCUAAAGAGUUUGAUGACAUGUUUGACUCUGGAUUUUUGUAAUGAAUCCAUACAGUGGUGUUAGUCAUGGGAUUCUUCUAACUGUGUGUGUUUCCCUCCAGGCCUGGUACUGUGGCCCUGCGUGAGAUCCGUCGUUACCAGAAGUCCACUGAGCUGCUGAUCCGCAAGCUGCCCUUCCAGCGCCUGGUGAGAGAAAUCGCUCAGGACUUCAAGACUGAUCUGCGUUUCCAGAGUGCAGCCAUUGGAGCCCUGCAGGUCAGUGGUACACCAUCACCCCAACUAAGGGACACAAACACCCACCAUCACAGUUGUAGUUGCUGUCAUAAACCAAAUAUCUCAAGUUUGAGGAAGGAGGAAAAUAAUUGCAUUAUAUUGAUGCUUUUUAAAAAUCACACACUUAAGAGGAAUGGUUCGAUCAUGUGCCUGAGUGUAUCACAAAAUACAAUUUUAUAGGCUGAUAUUAUCCACACAUUUUUAAGUGUGUUGUUGUGAGCCAUUUCUCCAACGUGCUCUUUGUUGUUUGCAGGAGGCCAGUGAGGCUUACCUGGUUGGUCUGUUUGAGGACACCAACUUGUGUGCCAUCCACGCCAAGCGUGUCACCAUCAUGCCCAAAGACAUCCAGCUGGCUCGUCGUAUCCGUGGGGAGCGUGCUUAG